GAUGUUUGAACAAAAUAGAUGAUCCAUUUCUAGAAACUUUCAAGGUGUUUUUCAAGGACGUCGAACUCACCGGUGCACGACUAUUACGAAUCGUGCCGAAGAAUGACGAAGACAAGUUCAGGCUUUAUUCCGAUCAUUCGACCGUUUUCAUUGGACCGAGUGUUGAUACGUAAUACCGCUGCUAUUGCACACUUUUACCAUACAUCGCUCGACUCAGAUGAUAAAAGUUCAUUAUUAUUGAAAAUAAUGAAUAUAAGAAGAUUACAUAAAAAUAAUUCUUUUUUAACUAAUAGUGUAUGUAUAUGUUCUUUUUCUCAGCCUGAUUGUCCAAUAUUCCUUACUGCAAGUGGAACACCAGUUGCGAAGAAAGCCAGUUUGACAGUAGGGCCAAAUGGUCCUAUACUGCUUCAAGAUUUUGUCUUUUUAGAUGAACUAUCGCAUUUUAAUAGGGAAAGGAUUCCGGAACGUGUAGUCCACGCUAAGGGAGCUGGUGCAUUUGGUUAUUUCGAAGUUACCCAUGACAUUACGAAAUACUCUAAGGCAAAAAUUUUUUCCUCAAUUGGAAAACGAACUCCCAUUGCCGUAAGGUUUUCCACUGUAGGUGGUGAAAGUGGUUCUGCAGAUACUGUCAGAGAUCCUCGUGGUUUCGCAGUUAAAUUUUAUCAACGUGAUGGCCAAGCGACUAUAAAUAAUCAAAAUGGUGCACCAAACUAUUUUCCUAAUAGUUUUGGUGGGCCUAGAGAAUGUCCAGCUGUAGCUCCUCCGAAGUGCUUUGUGAGUGGCGACGUAGGUCGUUAUGAUGUAGAUCCAAACGAAGACAAUUAUGGACAAGUUACUUUAUUCUGGAGAAAUGUUCUUGACGAUAAAGAGAAAAGCAGAUUAGUGAACAAUUUAGUACAAAAUCUUAGCAAUGCAUCGACAUUCAUCAUUGAAAGAGCCGUAAAGAAUUUUACGGAAGUAGAUACUGAUCUUGGCAGAAGACUUACGGAAGGUCUUCGUGAUAAUGGUGUAUUAAUUAAUCCUUAUGGCAAGACCUCUAGAUUGUGAAAAAAUAAAGAUUACUUUUUAUUUUA